AUGCUGAAUAGUGCUCCAUCAGUCCCCACUGGCACACGCAACUCAAUCAUACCACCAUCCGAGUCCUUGCCACUGCAUCACUCGAGUCCAGCCCCCUCAAGUCCACCACUUGCAUUUAACACCCUCGACGAUACUAUAGAUGAGCUUGGUGCAUUGUUUGCCCCUGCUGACAAUGUUCACAACGCACCAGAGAACACGGAGGUUGAUAAUCGGGCGUCUAAGCGGGCUAGAGUUGACGAGGUAGAUGGCAAUGAAGGCCAAACUACAAGAACACGAUACGUACAGCAUUACCCUGGCUCUGCUGCCUCAAUAUAUGCUUCAGCGUCUACACAGUUUGAGACCAUCAGAGACGCACAAGAUGCAAGCCACACUGGAUCCUACGCACCGUUUGUAGACAAAGAUGAGUGGGACUUGUCUUGCUGGCUCCUGAAGAACACCACAAAAACUGCAGCGGACGAGUUUUUGAAGCUACCCAUAACUCGAGACCGUACAAAGCCAAGCUAUGGUAGUGCAUAUACGUGGAUGAAACAAGUUGACCAGCUGCCUACUGGCCCUGCUUGGCAAUGCGUUCGUAUAGCGGCCAAUCAAGAUGGGGAUAUGGUGCCAUCUGAGGGAGACGAGGAGAGUAACGAUGAUGAAGACGAUGAAACUUACGAGCUGUGGAUGCGGGAUCCAGUGGAGGCUGUUCGGGAGCUCAUCGGUAAUCCAGCAUUCAAGGACAACAUAGCCUAUGCACCUGAGCGCACGUACACGGACUCAGAUGGGAAGAAUCAACGGAUUGACGAGAUGUGGACGGCUGAUUGGUGGUGGCAGACCCAGGAAAAGAUUACACCUGGUGGGACGGUGGCCAGUGUCAUUCUAUCAACAGACAAGACUCAGCUCUCUCAGUUUAGGGGGGAUAAGGCCGCUUACCCUGUCUACUUAACGCUGGGGAACAUCUCGAAAGCCGUACGACGCCAGCCAUCCAAACAUGCAACAAUGCUCAUAGGCUAUCUGCCUGUGUCAAAGCUAGAAUCUUUUGAGAAUGCGUCUCUAGCUACGUACCGCCUGUUCCAUUUCUGCAUGCGCUACAUCCUCCAAUCCUUGGUUGCUGCUGGCAGGAAUGGCGUCUACAUGACAUGCGCUGAUGGAAAUGUCCGUCUUGUCUUCCCCAUCCUUGCUGCAUAUAUAGCCGAUCAUCCCGAACAAUGCCUGGUCGCCUGCUGCAAGCAGAAUCGAUGCCCUCGGUGUCUUGUGGGGCGGGAUGAGCGAGGGAGCAUGAAGAGCUCUGCACAGCGUCAACCUGAUGAGACCCUCGAGAUCUUGACUGGUCAACGUGAAGGGGCAUAUCCUCCUGCAUUUAUUGGACAGGGGCUACAAGACGUCUACGCACCAUUCUGGGCUGACCUCCCCUACUCCAACAUUUUUUCCUCGAUAUCGUCGGACAUUCUCCAUCAACUGCAUCAGGGCGUUUUCAAGGACCACCUCUUGCAGUGGUGUUUGAAACUUGUGCGGGGCGGCAAGGAGGCAUUUGAUCGUCGCUUCCAGGCUAUGCCUGUGUACUCAGGGCUCCGGCAUUUCAAGAAAGGUAUCUCACCUAUCACUCAGUGGACGGCAGGCGAGCAUAAGCAGGUUCAGAGGGUCUUCAUCCCCGCAUUUGCUGGUUCACACGAAGAUGGCCGGGUGAUAACGGCUGCCCGGGCGCUUCUUGACUUCAUCACAUUGGCGCAGUACCAUUCUCACACCACUGAGACGCUGGACCGCAUGCGAAAAUCCCUCAAAACAUUCCAUCGAAAUAAAGCCGUCUUUACUGAGCUCGAGGCACGUUCAGGAGAUCAUUUCAAUAUAUCUAAACUACACUCACUCUUACACUACGUCGAGACUAUCAUUGCACUGGGGUCGCUGGAUGGCCUUAACAGUGAGAAUACUGAACGGCUACAUAUCGACUUUGCCAAGCUCGCCUAUCAAGGAACCAACCGCAAGGACUAUGUAGCUCAGAUGGCUCUAUGGCUUCAGCGUCGAGAAGCUGUGGCUCUCCGUGAAGCUUACCUCUCCUGGCGGCUAUGCACAGACGCACAGUCCUCCCAUACUAAUGAUGAUCCUCUAGGCUUGGCAGAUCCUCCGGAAACUGAAGAGGAGACUGACACCUCCCCCAUAGGCACUCACUUUGUCGCCAAGCACCCCCCUCGCCCUCGUGUCUCUGUGGGUACGCUCAAACAGGACCAUGGUGCUCACGGCUUCAUCAGUGCUCUCACCUCAUACCUCCAAGAAGAAGGACUCCUCCGGCCUGGAUUUGUGCCGAACGAGCACGACCACUUUGAUGUUUAUAACGGCGCGAGUAUCUACAUGCGUCCAGAUCCCCAUCUUAAUCCCAAUAAUCUUCGUGCUCAGCUAAAAUCAACCCCUCGACGCUUUAAUGGAGAACGGAAAGCACCAACACCUGCCAGAUGGGAUACGGUUUUGAUUGAGGUUGAUAAGGCAUCCUGGCUUGAAAAAGGGGGACUCAAUGGUCUACGUGUGGCUGAGCUCCGUGUGGUUUUUCAACUGCCACCCCACUUGGCGGUUUCUGCAUCACAACAAGAGCCACUUGUUUAUGUCCAUCUCUUCCGACGAUUAGGCAGUCUGGACCCUGAUACUCAGAUGUACAAGCUCACGCGAGCUACGCGGCAGCUAUCACCUCGUGCUCUGGUGGUUCCACUAUCAAGGGUAGUUAGGCCAUGCCACAUUACGCCCAGAUUUGGGCAGGGUGACGUACCCAAGUCGUGGGUGAAAGGGAAGUCAAUGGAGAAGGCGACAGAGUUUUUGUUAAAUAGGUAUAUUGAUAUGGCGAUGUUUGAGGACUACAUAGUACCAUUAACUUGA